CGAUCAAUUUCGAGGGGCGAUGCAGCUGCUCCCAUCUUGUUCCUGUCGCCACAUAGUUUGUGAAUGGAGCUUUGGCCACUCCCUCUUUCGGCCAGUGCAGGGAUAGAAUGCACAAUUACCAGGACUUGGAGGCACCAGCGUGUCUGCGGGAAAGAGCAAAACCAGGGGGUGUCUGCUUGCAGUUGUCUUUGACCAUUUUAUCGGCAUGGGCCUGCCUCCUGAAGGACCGAUUGCCAGGCAGCAGGGGGGCCUGGGUGGGCUCUGCUGAUGCACCGCAAUGCAGCGGGGGGGCGCCCGGGAAGAGGCAGCCAACCAGCGCAGCCAGAGGCGGGCCCAUGACCCCCCACAGUUGCAGCCGUAUGUCCUGAGUUCCGAUCGAGAGCCUCUCAAUUCUAGGCUGGGCCCCGCCGACUUCUACCCCCCCUCCAGCGAUGACCCCGAGCUGGUGCUGUCGCGGGAGACGGUCAGUGCAGGCUACAAGGAAGCCGUCCCCGCCAUCGAGGAGUCGCGCGAGGUGCUCUACAGCCUCGUCUCCGCGCAGGCCCUCUGGACGCGCCAGGGCCUCCAGCGCUGCCGUGCCGCGCUGCGCGCCCGCUUCCGCGCCCUCGCCUCCACCCUUGCCCGCAAGCGCAAGGCGGGGCAGGUCUUUGGCGUGCCCCUUGCGGGGCCGCUCCUGGCCCGCCCGGGCGCCCACCCCGAGGUCAAGCCCGCCCCUUCGGAGGAGGCGCGCCAGCGCUGGCUGGCGGAGGUGGCCCUGGGGAAGCCAUUGCGCCAGCUGGCGGACAGCGUGCCGGCAGGCUUUUAUGGGCGGCCCCUGGUGGAGGGCAUCCUGCGCGCGCGGCUGCCGGUGGGGCGCGCCACCUGGGUGGUCAAGGUGUGCUACCUGGGCCAGGCCAAGCGGACGGACGCCUGGACGCGGGACCUGCUGGCCGCGCUCGAUGACGCACUCGCGCAGGCGGCAGGGGAGGCGCACAGCGCAGGGGGGGCAGCGGGGAAGCUGGGCCGGCUCAGCUUCUCCCCGGUCACCUCUCCCUUGGCAGGACAAAGCAGCCCUGGGGCGGGGGGGGGCCUGGGGGGUGGUCUGCCUGGGGAGCAGUGGGCGCAGCUGAUGGCGCUGGCAGUGGCGCACUGCGGGGAGGGCCUGGUGAACAGCACGGCGCUGGGGGAGUGGGUGCUGGCCCAGUUUGGCGAUAUGGGGCGGGGGGUGGCGCGGGUGGGCCUGCUUCUGCCGCUGGUGGAAGCGCUCCUGGAUGGGGCACUGUGGGCCACCCCGCAGACACACCUGGAGCAGAUCACGGGCGCUGCACUGUCCUCGCUGGAGCAGCUGUGUCUCAUGGAAGAAGCCCCAGAUCGAGCGAGCGCUGUGAGCGACUCGCAAGUGGCGCUGCGGCUGGGUGGGUUGGUGCGCUGUGUUUUGGUGGCAUCUCCGGACUCGUUCCUGGGUGUUGGGGCUCUUCCCUUGCCCAGCUACAUGUUGUCAUGUGGAAAGAGGCCGGGGGUGGUUGAGGGGAAAGGGGAAGGUGCAUUGGUGGCGUAUCAAGAUACUGAGGUCUUGGAGGAAGUGCAAAGGGGUGUCCUACGAAAAAGGGCGUUGCUGGCAGCGGCGGUGAAUCCGAUCGUGCUUAGAAAUAAUGAGGCGAAGGUGAUUGCGGCGCUAGACAAGGCCCUGCUGUUAGGGGAUGUUGGAGCUGCGUGCACCUCCUUUUCCGAUCCACUGGUUAGCAGAGACUGGGAUGGCGGAGAGGAGUGGGAGGGGCGGGGAAAGCUGCGCGCAGCUGUGGGGCUGGUCUGCGAAUGGGCGAUCCAUCCUAGCAGGAACGAGGCGGAGAAGACAGGGGGCGUAGGCAGCGGGCAGGAACGCUUGAGCGAGGAGCCGGUGGAAGGGGGGCUGCUGAGGUCGGAUGACGCGGCCCACUCUUGCGUGGCCGUGACUGGCACCCUGGCACUCGCCCGAGUGUACCUCGCGGCAGCAAUUCUUUGGCGACUCAGUAAGGAGCAAACGGGGAGCAGCAGAGAGCCAGAGGCCAGGGCCGACCUGCUCCAUGAGUUGUUGGUGGAUUGGCUGCAGCGCUGCGAGGCCCCCACCACUGAUGUGGGCCAGGGCCUGCAGGAGGCCCUGCUGGCGGAGCUGGUGCGGCGAGGCCUGCUGGACCCCGUGCGCUUUGCGCGCCAGCUGGUCGCUGACGGGGCCCUGGAGCGACGCGCCUCCGCCAGCGAGCGGGCCUGCGCAAGGAAGCUGCGGGGCUGCCUGGAACAGCUGCCAGCAGGGGAAGAAGUGAACAGGGACGGGAAGUCAGAACUGCAGAUGGAGAGGCGUGCUGCACUUGCUGCAGGGCAACGGAAACUCCGGGGGGGCGGGGCAAAGCUGGAACAGAGCGGGGAAGAAGAGAGACGGCGGCAAAGAGCCCGCGUGGAGCGGGCUAUCCGGGCGGUCCUGGAGCUACCUGGAAGUAGGGACGGCAGUGGGAACAAUGAAGGAGCAGAGGCGCGACAUCGGCCGGCCAAACGACAAAAGAUGGAGCACAGCGUGGGGAAGGAGAGGGGGACUGAACUUGUGGCAGUAGAUCGGUGGUGGCUGCGGAAAAGCGCGGAAAACGAUUGGAGGGUCCAGGAAGUAAGCGGCACGAGGGAGGACAUGAUAGAAGAUUUGAGGAAGGAAGAAGGGAGAGGGGCAAUGGAGGUUGACGGAACGCCUUUAGGAACGGCGGGGCUGGGAAGGAUUCAAGAGGACCCAAGUGUAUGGAGCUGGGGAGAGGUGGAGGGAGCCAUUGGAGGGCUUCCCUUUUUAGAUAAGCGGGAGGUGGGGUCUUGGGUGGUGGAGAGCAUACGGGCAGCUCUGAGCGGUGAAGGCGAGCAGACGCAGGGCCACACCAGUGGGGCUUGGAGAGGGCAACACGAAGCAGCUGGGAGGGAGGAGGAGGUGCGAUGGCACGACAGAAAGAGCGAGAAAGCCGGCAUGGCAGAGCACAGCGAAGUGUGGAGCGAAGCUGAGCCUGAGGUUUCUCUGGGGACGGGCGGCAGCUGGGCUGGUGGUGUGGUGCGCUGUCCUGUGCUGCUGCGCGGGGCGUACCUGCUCGACGCACUGCAGCAGCACGGCGCACUGCUGGACCUGCUCCUGGACCACCUGGCCAGCAACCGCUCAUCUGACAAGACGCAUGGAGCACAAGACUUGGCAAGUCCUCCAGGCGGCGCCAAGCAAGAAGCUGCCUGUCCCGACGAGUGCUUGCUUGCGCUUCUGUUGCUCUAUGCCCCUCUCUUUGCCGCCAUGGACCGCCUGCCAGACUUGCUGUCGGCGCUGGUCAGUCGCGGCUGCCAAGGAGCCAUGCGCACUCGCGAGGCCGCAGCGGGCUUGAUGGCACGGCUGCGGGUGCAGUACGGACAGCUGCAGGACGUGAGGGCGUGGGAGGCGGCAGCACGGGCGCGCCCAGAGUGCAGCACGGUCUGGGAGGCGGUCGGGAAUGCGGGGCGGACUUUACCGCUGGGAUCAGUGUUGGGGGUGGACGUUGUGGUGACGGAGCAGCUGCAGAAUCGUUGUCGAAGUGGGCUGGCUAUGGAGACGGGGGGACCAGCCCAGCUGGCUCGCAUGUGUAGGGCUGACAUCAAUCGGAACGAGGGGCCCCAUCAGUCGAGUUGGACAGAACGUAGCGCGGAGUCCAGGAUGGACGAGCUUGCCUGCCGUGUCGGCGCACGCUUGAGAGGGGUGCUGGGAGGCGACGUUGGGAGCGCCGCCGGAGUGGCGGCAGUCGUGGGAGCGCUGGUUGAAGCAGCUGCCGAUGGGCUCGUGGCUGAGGCGGGCGGUCCUGGGGAGGGAGGGGUGCAGGAUCUUGUGAAGCGGCAGCGGCGCGGCGCAAGUCUCCUGGCGUUUUGUAUCUCGGUUCUGAGAAGAUUUCGGGGCUUGAGUGCCGGCCCCACUUUUCAGAGUGGGGUGGUGCACGCUCUGGUCCACACCGUCCAGGCCGCGCAGCCGGCACCGGUGCCUGUCGUGGCCCUCCCAUACGCCCACAUGUCGCCCGAAACUCCCGACCUGGGGCCCGAAACCACCGGCGAAGCUGCAGGCGACCCGGCAGGCGAGCUCUCCGAAGCAGUAAGGGCAGCGAUGGCGCUGGCUGUUGCUGAGGCGCUGCUGGCGGAAGGCUGGCUGGAGCUGCGCACCCUCUUGGAGGCGCUGCACCUGGGCAACACCCUCGUAUCAGUUCACCUGCGCAGCGUGGGGCCGCCUCCGGAUGUGGGUGCAGCUCGGGCAGCGGUGCUAUGGUUUCGGCUGCUCCUGGGCGGGGUGUGCUCUGGCGGCACAGCAGAUGCCGUGGGAGGCGCAGUGACAGCCCUGGUAGAGGGCCCACAUCCCUGGUUCUUGUUACGCGCGCGUGCCCUGCUGCCGGCUGAUGCCGUCUACGCCCCUCUGAGCGCACUACUGCGGCUGACCUUCGACGUGCGGGGCAGCCUCGGCGGGCCAGAGAUGCAGUUGCUGAAGGCAGAGGCGGCGGCAGCUCUCGCAGAGGCGCUGCAGGGGGACCACGUCCGGGAUUGUCUGCUGGCGGACAGUGGACGGCUGCUGGCCCUGAUGCGGUCAGACAGUGCGCAGGCAGCGGCAGCGGUCGGAGUGGACGCGCAGCGCACGAGCGGUGAGGUGGGCAGCUGGCAGGCGGCCGCGCUGGCGCUGCUGCCGCUGCACGGGACCCGCCUGCUGGCGGCCCUGCUGGAGGGAAGGGCGGUCGCACCAGAGACAGCAGGGGGGGAAACGGCGGAGGAGCGGGUGGCGGCGCUGGAGGGUGCGCUGGUGGAGGGCCUGCUGCGCAGCCUGGAGGCGCUGGCCGCCACCACCUUCCACUGGCAGUGCCUGCGCGUACGCCUGCUGCUCGACCAACAGGUCGUCCUCGAGAAGCUGCGCGCUGGUUCCACAGCUGUGGCCGCCCUGGCCUGUGUGCACUCGUUGGACCCCGCCCAGCUGGCGGAGUGCGAGAAGACGUUCACCACCGCCGUACUCACUCGCCUGCUGCUGCGCCCCGCUGCGGCCCCUCUCUACAGCCAGCUCGCGCACGCGCUCGGCCGGGGCUUCGGGGACUACCUCAUCCAGCAGGUGCGGUGGGCUCUCGAGGGCGCCGACAUGCUCCAAGGCCGCAAAUCGUUGCGGCAGCUGCUCGAGGCGUCGGCAGCCCGUGACGGCUUCAGGGUCCGCCCCAGCCCGGCCCCCACCCCCGCCUCACCUCCGCCUACCAUCCCGCCGUUUGCGCUGGAGCGCGGCCUUGCGGAGCUGGUCCUGCCGCUGCUGGCAGGGAGCUCGAGCGAGACGUGCGCGGGGUUUGCGGGGGAGCUGGUGCGCCAGCUGGCAGCGCUAGAGGCCCACAUCAGCGCGGCUGCCCGGCACGCCAGCAAAGGACCCUCUGGCGAGAGCAGCGCUCCGGCCCGGGGUGCUGCGCAGUGGGGCAAAGGCCUGGACGGCUUUGCGGCGUUGCCGGGCAGCCCACGCGGCGGUGGCGGUCAGUGGGGGCCCGCUAGUGAGGUGGCGGCCCCAGCGUCCGUUGCCGCGCUGCAGACGUCGCUUUGGCUGCGGCUGCAGUUCGUGCUGCCCAUGCUGCCCCAGAUCCACGCCGACCGCGACCCCACCCCCCGCAACAUGCGCCUCACGCUCGCGCCCGUCCUGCUCCGCCUCCUCGCCUCGCCCCUCGUCCAGGAGGCGCCCCUGAUCCGCACUCCCUCGGACCCACUUCCCCCUGACCCCGAGCGCGGGUAUGCCGAGGCUGCAGCGGCAGCCGCGGCGGCGGGGGCGGGGGAGGGCCUGUUUGGGCGGCUGCACGCCGUGCUGGCCGCGCUGGUGAGCAGCACGUGGGCCGCCUGGCUCAAGCCACCGCCGGGGCGGGGCCCUGCAAAGCCGCUGCGGGACGUGGGGCCGUUCGACCGCCACGUGGCAGAACGCAUGCAGGCGGAGUUGGACAGUUUGCGCGGGCGCCUGCCCGCUGCGGUGCACCAACGGCUGCAGGCGGUCCUGCCGUGCCUGCCGCCCCACCGAUGUACCAUUCCCACCAUCGCAGCAGUCAACAAACUCUCAACCGGCUCCAGCCAUUUGGCUCAAACAGGACGGGGUCCCUUGGAAGGGACUGCAAACUGGGCCACCGAGUCUGGGCUGGAGAUGGACCCCUGGCUGCUGCUGGAGGAAGGGGCCACUGGGAGAUCCUCCAAUGCCAGCAGCGAGACGAGUGUGGCCCCUAAGGCCGCACCAUGGCUCAAAGGAGCGGUCAGAGUGGCUAGGAAAGAGCUAACAUAUGCUCCCAAAGAGGAGGAGGUAGAGGAUUGAGCGAGGUUUCCGUGCUUUGAGAUCCCAGUCGAGAUUAUUGGGGGAAACGCAAAUCUUUUAAUUGCUACAUUAGGUUGUCACAAACGCUAAAGCUUCGUAAAGUAGACGCAUAACAUUAGUUGGCGCCAAAUACAUGGGCUUUGACAGUGUUCACAGGAUGACCCUUUAGUCAGGGUCUUGAUGAUCAAAGGAAGAGCCUUAGAAGGGAACAUACUACGAUAGCUAGCGAGCACUAGUGUAGUUUGGCGCUGUACGGCGUGGUGGCGCAGCCGCCCUUGGCAAUCGAGGUGCUUUGGCACGGCUGAGUUGAAUUGGCCGACUGUCGAAAUUUGUCAAAUCUGGCAUGGCGUCACUUUGGCCAGCUUGGGCAGGAUCGGAUACAAUGACUGCUGUAGGGUUUUCGUUUUCUAUAACACGUUCCCAAGACCCA